ACCAAAACCCUGUUGAAAAUACUCCGUAGUCCGUAACAAGUUGGACAGAAAAAUAUACCAAGUUUCGCAGCUCUGAUUUGAUCACGUUAUCAUUCCUCCCGGGUAUUCUCUCUUCUUUUGACACCUGUCUGGCGCCUGGCACUUGUAAAGCAGGGCUCUUCGUGGAUCCAGAUUGUGUACCCAGCAUCAGGGAAACCUCCUGGAAUGCUUGCUUCCAACGUCACCCAAAACAACUUGCACAGGGUCCCUCGCCUGUUCCAGCAGGCGGCGCAGGGCCUUUGAGGAUAUCACACCACACCGUCUAUGAUUGAAGUUUGUGCAGGAUGGCCAGACAACAAGAAGAAGAGACAUCUCUCUCAUUUGGUUAAUUUCAACUUCUCAUCAUCGAUCGACAAAUGCUACGGGCUCCCGUCGUCCACGGGUUGUAUGAAAAGCGCUCUUUUUGUUCAUUUCUUUUUGCGCCCAUCCCAUCGCAUCGGCGAUGCUCCACUCUUCUUUCCCAGCCACAGUCACCAUGCCUCUCGAAGCCUCAACAGCUAAAGUGUAGCGGGCUUGCUGGUCUCCCUAGCGACAAGGCCCAAUUCCACAAGCCAAUUGGCUACUACUCCUACCCUUGUUCUGAUUUCAGUUUUUUCGCGCUUGCCAACACAUCACCCCACACCACCACAUCCUUGAGCAAUGGCUGCCUUCAAUCCAAACCGCCACAGACCUUCCGUCAUCGCUGUUCCUGUUGCCCCUCGUCCAAGAGCCGUGGACGAACAAGAGGUAAAUGGAGGGUAAACAUGGUAAAGCGAAUGUUCAUUGUUCAGUUGCCCGAGCAAAUCAUUACCGUCCAAGAAGCGUCCAGCUCAAUGGGCAAACGCCCAGCCAUCCCGCUUGUGUCUCAAGGUGCGCGAUGUUGUGAACCCCGAUCAUUCCCAACCUCCGUGAUUCUCUCCUAUCAAUAAGUUAAGAUAUGUUGAUCAUGGAAAUUGUGCCCAGCCACUUGGGCAACUCCUCGAAGCCUUCCUAACUGUGUAUGCAUUCCACGUGACACUAAGGGGACUUCCUACGGAGUACAUAGGAAAAUUUCAGGAUUUAGAAACCAGCCAUGAAUUGAGCACUUGAAGAUAUCCAUUCUCCCUUCACGACUGGUAUGUACAUAAGAGGGAAUGAUCCUGCAUAUUUUGCUAUUGGGAGGGUGCCGCAGCAGCCGUCAAAUUUCGCUCGCAAAAUCAUGGAAUUUGGCUAAUCGAUGAUCAAUGAGUGUGGUACUAAAUCAAGGGGCUCAAGCAAAGUGCUAUCAAAUCUAAUUGAAAUCAAAAGGUCGACGGAUCGUACAUACAUUUAUCAGUCAAGGUUCUUUUGACGCAACAUUGAAUUCUGUGAAGCUCCUCGGAAAAUUUUGUCUAAUUGAACAGGAAGCCCUCUUGAUCUCCUGGUCAAAUUGGGAGUGGACGGAGAAUGGAUGCAAGGGAAAGAAAUAUGACAAGGAACUAAUCAAUCUCGCUAAGAUGAUUAUUCAAUAAACAGCGAAUAGGGAUACACAAAGCCAUGGCACUAAUACCU